AUGUCUGCGCAUGGCACGGACUCCCAUGAUCCGGAGGCAGCCAUGGACCCUCCCUCCGUCAACGGACACGCCCUGAAAAACGGCCGCUCUACCAGCAACUCCCGGUCACCUCACUCCACCAAGUCUGACCCCGACAUGCCUCCCAAGAAUGAGCCCGAGGAGAAGAUCGGUGGCAACAUCGUCAUCAAGCAGGAGCCCGGCCAGCCACCUAAAAUUGCGCGGAGCGCGUCGCAGAAAGUUGUGCCGCGACCUCCUCAGCUCUUCGCGCAUCUGCCCGAUAGCACCAAGGAAGCCCUGGCCACCUUUGAACAGAUCACAGAAUGCAUCUACGCGAACAAGAACAUGGGAUACACAGAGCAUGCUAUGGAUUGCGACUGUGAUGAGGAGUGGGAUCCCGAGACGGAGCAGAACGUGGCCUGCGGCGAAUAUUCGGAUUGUAUCAACCGGGCAACUAAGAUUGAAUGCGUCGGCAGAACUCGCGGUUGCGGCCCCAAUUGUCAAAACCAGCGCUUCCAAAAUAAGCAGUAUGCCCCCGUGGCCGUCAUUAAAACUGAAAAGAAAGGAUUUGGGCUCCGAGCCGAAGCGAAUUUGGAACCUGGGCAGUUGAUCUUUGAAUAUGUUGGGGAGGUGGUGGCUGAACCAGCGUUCCGACGUCGGAUGCGCCAGUACGAUGAGGAAGGGAUCAAGCAUUUCUAUUUCAUGUCCUUGAAUCAGGGCGAGUUUGUGGAUGCGACAAAACGCGGCAAUCUCGGAAGGUUCUGCAAUCAUUCUUGCAACCCCAACUGCUAUGUGGACAAGUGGGUGGUCGGGGAGAAGCUGCGCAUGGGCAUCUUUGCGGAGCGGGCAGUCCAGGCCGGGGAAGAGCUUGUCUUCAACUACAAUGUCGAUCGCUACGGCGCAGAUCCCCAACCUUGCUACUGUGGCGAGCCAAAUUGUACCGGGUUCAUCGGUGGGCGCACGCAGACCGAGCGUGGCACUAAGCUUUCUAGCGGUCUUGCCGACGCUCUGGGCAUUGAUGACGAUGAAGCCUGGGAUACGGUGGUGGCACGGCGCCCCAAGAAGAAGUCCAAGACGGAGGAAGCCGACGAGGAGUAUGUUGACAAGGUGCAGCCCAAGUCGCUUCACGAGGAUGGUGUCACCAAAGUUAUGGCUGCACUUAUGCAGUGCCAGGAGAAGUGGAUUGCUGUCAAGUUGCUGGGACGUCUCCAGCAGUGCGAGGAUGAGCGAGUCCGCCAUCGUGUCGUGAAGAUGCACGGUUAUCGGAUCCUUAACUCGCAGCUGACUACGUGGAAAGAAGAUCCGAACGUGGUGCUCCAGAUUCUGGACAUCCUGGAUCAUUUCCCCAAGAUGACCCGCAAUAAGAUCAUUGACUCAAAGAUUGAGUCGAACAUCCUGCCUCUCACGAACUCAGCAGAAGAGCGAGUGGCCAAGAGAGCAGCUCAACUGCUAGCCAGCUGGGCGAACUUGGAGGUCGGAUAUCGUAUUCCGCGUAUGCAGCGUGACGAAGCGACGAAGCAGCCCGUCAAUCGAUUUGACCGUCGCGACAGAGGCUCCGAACAACGUCAACGUUCUGUGACACGAUCUCCAUCCCCGGCCUUCGAAGCUCAGCACCGCCCAAAUCAGCCCCGAGGACCCCGAAAUCCUCAAAAUCGACCUCGUACCAGUCGUCGCAAUCGGCAGCCAAACAAGCAGGAUGAUAAGGAUCUCCCUGCCGGAUGGUACUCAGCUGCGGACGACGCUGGGCGACUCUACUUCUACACACAAAAAGGAGAAACAACAUGGACGAAACCAACCGCUCCAGCAGUCCAUAACUCAACGGUCAAGAAGAACCUGGCCCUGCAGAAUAUUAUUGAUGGGAUCGUGAACUCUCAGGAACAGACACCCUCAGAACACAAAACGACGCCCGGAACACCCAUGCCUUCAGAGCAACCGGAGAAGAAAAAGAAAGAUGGACACUGGUGGCAGAGACAGCCUCUUGAAAAGCAGAAGAAAAUCUACGCAAACACGCUUCAUCCCCAUAUAAAGUCGAUUUCGGACACAUACAAACACAAAAUUCCGAAAGAGUAUCUGAAGCGUUUUGCUAAAGAAACCUCUACCAAACUGGUUGACUCAGAUUACAACAAGGGCCGUGUCCAGGAUCCCACACAGAUCGACAAAAAGCACGAAGAAAGAGUCAAGCGAUACUGCAAAGAGUUCUUCGACAAGGCCGCCGCGAAGCACAAAGAACGCGAGAAGUAUUUGGCCGAGAAGAAACGGCGGCAGCAGAGCAGUACUGCCAGCCCCAGUGCCAACGCGACACCGGGCGACAAUGCAAAUGUGCAAAUGUCCGACGCGGAUCCGGCAACUGCAGACUCGACAGCCAUCUCUCCGGACGACCCAGCCUCCCUGAAACGCAAGCGGUCUACUGGCGACGAAGACUCCAAGAUGGAAGAUGAUGCCGACACUGACCCUUCCCCACCUACACCCCCUCCACCUCCAAAGGAGCUGCCUGGGGCCAGUGGACCUGGUGGAAAGCUCUUGGAUGCUGAUUCGACGAUGGAGGACUUGCAGCAGCAGCAGCAGCAGCAGCAGACUUCACACAUUGGCAUUGAGAGCGUUUAG